ACAGUGGCACUCAUCGGGGACUACCUCUACAUUGAGGGCGGAGAAGUCUCCCAGCAGGUCGGUGACCAAAACCAGCAGGGAUCCCGAUCAAACUACAUGAACUCAACCCUUUCCAUCGACAUGUCCAAGUCCUGGGACGCCAAAACCGUUCCAAUAAGAAUCAUUGAUAACAAAAUUUCCGGAAAACCUCCGGCCAGAUCGCGGCCUGCAUUCUGGACCAACCAACAGGAUGGAUCAUUUUAUGUCUGGGGCGGUAUGGUCUCCUACAGAAAAGACCGCGUCAUGCCAAAGUUUCCCGAGCUCUACAAGUUCGUGACAGAUGGCUCCGGGGGAGGAAAAUGGUCAAUCGAGACACCGUCAAACCCAGACUUUCUCCGGACGGUGUACCUGACAGAAUUGGCAGCUUCUGCCGCGACGGAUGAAACAGCUUUUAUAUUCGGCGGCCUGGCAGGCGAGUGGACCGACCUGACUGUGGGGUGGGGCAGGACAGAAAUCGCCACAGGCGCCCUGGCGUUCAACAUGAAGACCAAAACUUUUGAAAAACUUGGAUACGAAGAAACAUUGGUGGGCGCGGUAGCCGAGCACAUCCCGCAGUUCAACUUUGGCACCAAGAAGCGGGGUGUUAUCUUGAUCAUGGGAGGGUACAUUCCCGAGAAGCGGGUAGAUGGAAACAGUGCAAUUGAUUACAGCUCGGUCUCGAGCCACUUGUUUGAUAACAUUACUAUUUUCGAUCCAGAGACAAGACAGAUGCACUAUCAGACCACCACAGGUCCUACACCCCCAGGUCCCAGGCGGGAGUUUUGCCUGGCAGGCUUUGCUACCAAAGAAGGUGGUUAUGACAUUCUUCUCUUCGGAGGAGAAAGCAAAAGGGAGCCAGGAAUCGACUUCCGUUACGAAGACGCAUGGAUCCUCAGCCUGCCAGGCUUCGUCUGGACCAAGGCCCCCAACAUGCCCACCCAGCGAAGAGCAGACCAUCACUGCACCCCAGCGGGAAAACGUCAAGUCAUCAGUGUAGGCGGGACAGCCCCGGGGUGGCGAGAGCCAGAUCCGGCCCCGCAAGGUCUCAUGGUAUUCGACAUGCCGAGCAUGACGUGGCGGUUCAAUUACGAUGCCGACGCGGGCGAUUAUGAGUCCCCUCAAGUCAUCAAGGACUGGUACAAGAAUGGGUUAGCUUUCCUCUUUCAGUCCGACAACAAGGACGUAUACUAA